AUUUCCUCACUCAAAAAAACUUAACAUCUUUUUUUUAUCUUACAACAAUUAAUUAAUCAUCUUUUACUAAAGUAAUUAACAAAAAAAUGGCUCAGGGAAGAGGCAGUGCAAGAUCAAGUUUGGUAGUAGGAGUAGCAAUACUCUGUCUUUUGGCUAUUAUUCAGCCAAGUCUUGCUGCCUAUUACAAUGUUGGAAAUGGUGGUGGAUGGACCUUUAAUGUCAACAAUUGGCCUAGAGGCAAGUCCUUUAGAGCUGGUGAUAUUCUUGUAUUCAACUAUGCAAGAAACCUGCACAAUGUAGUGCCAGUGAACAGCAGAGGAUUUGCAAGCUGCAGUGCACCACGAGGAGUUAAGCCGUACCAGAGUGGAAAAGACAGAAUUAGACUGAAGAAAGGCGUUAAUUACUUCAUCUGCUCUUUCCCCGGCCAUUGCCAAGGUGGAAUGAAGAUUGCUAUUAAUGCUGCUUAAUUAAUUAAUUAAUUAACUCAACUACUACUUCUUCUCUUAAUUAAUGUUCUGAAUUUGUAGGUUUACUAAUGUAUGUGUGUUGAAAAUAAAAGGAAAAAAGGGAGAAAGUUAGGAUUAUGUGAUGAGGGAAAAGAGGAAGUUGUUGUUUAAGUUAAUGUUGUUUUUGUUUUUAUUGUGAUGUAUGUUAAGGAAGGAGUGCUUGUGGCUUUUAUAAUAUCUAGGCAUGUUCUUAGCUUAUGUUAAGGAAGUUUGUUGUGAAAUGUAAGUUUGAUUAUGGAUAAGAAAGAAAAUUGAGGAUUUAUGUACAAGUAUAAUAUAUGUGUUUUAAUUUUAA